AUGAAGAAAUUGAAGAAUAUAAGAGAUAGUUAUAAAAAAGAAGUAAAUUUAGAAACUACCACAUUGUCGGGACAAUCAACUCCAAAAAAGAAACGAUAUAUUUAUUAUGAGUUGUUGUCCUUUUUACGCCCUAGCGUCAGUAUUGCAGAAGAACGUGAGUCCAACGUAUCUCCAAUACCUUCGAAUUCAUCACAAAAUCAGGAUUUUGAAGAAGAUAAUUUGAUGAGACCACCGCGACAAACCCGAGUUCCUACCAAAAGAAAGAAACAAAUGGAAAGUACCCAAAUUCCGCAAAUAACAAAAAUUUUGAAUGAAAGUUUACAAUUACAAAAGUUAAAUAACGAUAGUGACGCAAAAGGAAAUCGAGCAUUUCUUAUGUCCUUUGUACCUAUUAUGGAUUCCAUGACUCCUGAUUUUGGCUAUGGAAACUAG